AUGGCUCAGCUCAUUCUGCGACGCCCAUGGUUCUCGGCAGCUUUGGGACUUCCAUUCGUCAGAGGUGAUGGAGAACUUUUCCUUAGUUCAACCUCGCCGGAACCAGUGUUGGCGCCUGCGGGCAUUGGGCCUGGUAACGUUACAGUGGAUUGCAACCCCUAUGAUGGCACGCGCUAUUUGACCUUCGGAAACGGCAAUGGCAUCACCCGUGACCAGUGCACUGCUAGCUGGGAUCUUCAUGAGAUUCAGCUUUGGGAUGAGAGGGGUGAACGGAUCACCGAUUUGACAGCUUCGACAGCCACUGGUGAUGGUGGAAGUGGUUACACUCCGGACCUCGCUAUUGAUGGCAACAGUGCUACAUUCUUCGCAGGCGACCACGACAUUGGCAUGAGCUGCCAUUGCUGGGAAUCUAGCAAAAAGGACGCCCAGAGCAUCACGAUAGAUAUGGGUUCCACGAAGAAAGUCUCCAAAAUCAUGUUGUUGCAGGGUGGAGCUGGCAACGAAUGGGCCGUUUCAAAGAUCCGCAUCCACUGUAGCAGUGGCAGCAGCCUACAGAACUAUCCCCUGCCGCUCGAUAUCUCCUUUGGCCAGACAGAUAUUGAAUGCAAUGCCGGUGGUUGUGCUGUCACUGGCAUGGACCCGGCCUACUAUCACACAUGUGAUUCAGCAAUCUCGAUUGCGUCUUCGCUCUACCUGAUCUCCAUGAUUCUGCUGGGACCAGCUCUGCUUAGUUGA